AUGCAUGCUCCAUCGUUACCCCCGAUAUACGAAGUACUCGAAGACGACUUUGAGAAGGGCGAGCUAGUCUAUUUCUUACCAAAGAGACAGCAGCCGAGAUUUAGAAGACGGCGACAGUGUGUGCGAGAUGAUACUAGUCAAGGAGUUCUCUCCAUAAUUCUCAUCGCUCUUGGGAUAUUCUUGCUGGGCGUAAUUUCCGCAUUGGCUAUCAUCGAAUAUAGAUCCCAAUAUCCUGCGAACGGUAGCUACGAAACCGGGUUCCAAGAAGAGAAGCUAUUACCACCCAGCUCUAUUGAGCUUGAGCAAGUCCAGUUCAAGCUACCCAUAGACUUUGCGCCAAAUGGAGAUGAGUUCCUCGUCGCCCAGCCCGGCGAUAAAUCUUACAUCGGUACAACUGCGGAUGUCGAUGCUGCUUGGAAGAAACUCCUAUGGGGAAGAUACUUCUCGAUUUCUGAGACCGAGGCGAAGGAAUUAUGGGGAGAUGAAUACUCAGAGUAUUGGGACCACCACAGGAGCGGCUACACGGCAGGGUUUGACAUGUUCCAUCAGCUGCAUUGCCUAAACCAAAUCAGACAGGCCUUACACCGCGACGUCUAUCCGGAAACCCCCCUUCACGGACCCGUCUACACCGACCACUGCUUGGAUCAACUGCGCCAGUCGAUAAUGUGUUGGGGCAGUACAGCUGUCGUCCCGUUAAAGUACUUCAAGGGGUACGGCAGUGAAUACGUAAAGACUGAUGCGGUUCACACGUGUCGGAAGUUCGAGCCAAUCCAGGAUUUCGUGUCCGAGAGAUUCAAUGGAAGCCUCUUUGUCCCGCGUCCUAGUGGAUGGAUUGAUACUUCGGAUAAUGCCUUUUAA